AUGGAGGUGGUGGUGUGGCUGUGUUUCGCUCCUCUGCUCUGGUUUCUUGGUAAAUGCCACGGGCAAACUCAGUUCCUUCACAUGGCUAGGUAUAUAUCAGAGAUUUCCUGUGAAGGAAACAAAUGGAAAGUGAGCACAAAGUCUAACGGGAUUGACCCGCAGCGCCUGGUACAUUGUGACCACAUCAAGAUUGAGCUUGAUUAUGAUGAUUAUGAUGAUGAACUGGAAUUUUGCAGUAAUAAACCUCCACAGUCAAAGUGUGUUUGUACUCUAGUAGUAAACAGUGGAUUUGUUGCCUGUGUUAAAUCUCUGGAUUCUGGACUCCUUUUUCCAUUCAAACCGUCUCCCAACGUCGUCUAUUCCUACAUAGUCGCUGCUCCAAACCCACACAUAACAUCCACACCUGAGGAAACAUCUUCACUGACAGUACCUGAAGGUGGAUCAGUGAGUUUAAACUGUAGUUUCACCUUCACACAAAAAUAUAAUGGGGUGCCAUUCGUUGUUUACUGGAUUAAGACUGUUGGAGAGAGCAGCACCUGUGUGUAUUCUUAUGAUUAUUCCAAGCAUCGUUCACCUCAGUACGGUCACCACUGCGCUGUGCAAAAAGAUCUGCUUAACAGACUCUCAAACCCAACCAAAGGACAGAACAGUCACAACAUCAGGAUCAGUGAAGUGAUGGAGUCAGACAGCGGUCAGUACCUCUGUGCUGUACAAGUGGACCCGAUUAAUAAAAACACUGCUAAAGGAAACUGGAAGGUGAUAAAAAGAGUUACAGUCAAUGUCCACAAAGACAAGAGACCACAGCCAACCUGGACCACCGUGACUGAGACAACCACUGAGAAAACAACAAAGAAAUCUACUGAGGAGACAACAAAGAAAGCUACUGAGAACGUUAGUGGUGUUCACCCUCUCAUGCCUCUGUUUACUUCAUGGCCCAUAUGUUUGGGUCUUCUGCUUUCUGUUUGGAUCGCAUUCGCACUCAUAAGGAAAAAGGCCAGCACUGCACGAGGUGACCCUCCAGAUCUCAGGCUGUGCCGUUACAAAGCCUCCAAAGUGGAGAAGCAGCUCCUGAUACUGAUGGUUCUCCGUAUGCUGUGGGACGUGGUGAGGAGGAGAACUAGGAUCCAUGAGGAAUUCUACCAAGAAGAUCCAGACCCUGAAGAAUCCACAACAUCUGUUGAUCUUCAUGCAGCUGCCAGGCUGAAUGAUGGAUCUGGAGCAUCAGAGGACACCAAACAUAUUCAUGAUGAAGAUUAUCUGCUGUUUUUAAAGGGGUGAAUUGUGACAACAGUGUUCAUGUAUAUUAAAUAGUCACACCUUUUGAUGAGAAAUCAUCAAGAAAUGUUCAGGAAUGUUCACUAAUCCGUUUUCUGUAAAGCUGCUUUGUGACAAUUCCAGCUGUAAAAAGCGUUAUAUAUACAUAAACUUUGACUUGACUUCUUCAUUUCAUAUAAAUCUUCAUUCUAAUGUAGGGAAUUAAAAUCUAUGUGUAUCAUCACAUCGAUUUAAA